UCUGGAGUUUAAUUGUAACAGUUCGAGUCCAGCGAGAGAACAACACUAGGGACAGAGAGAGGAAGAGGAAGAGGAAGAAGAUGAUGUCAGAAGCUCAUUUUGUCUGAAUAACAAAGUCUCUUGGAAGUUAGUUCGUGUGAAUCUUUCCAUUUUUUUGGCAUCUCCGAUCUCUCUCUGUUCUUCAAGCAGUCCAGACCAAAAGAGGAAGCAGCUAAAAGCCACAGGUUUGCUUGCAGGAGGUAUUUGAAACUCUAAUACUAAGCAAUGCAGUCUCCAAAACCGAGGCCGGGAUCUUUGGAGGUGCCUCAUAAGAAAUCUCCUACAGCAACUCCUAGAACUGCUCGUAAGCUCAAAACUGCAGAAACUGAUCCGGUUUCAUCUCCCAACCCAAAAACAAGGACACCAAAAGCUCAGAGCCCAAAGGUAGUUGCUGAUCGCCGUUCUCCAAGAACCCCUGUAAAUGAGAUUCAGAAGAAACGGACAGGGAGAACACCCGAAGUAGCAUCUCAGAUAUCUCACCUGCAAGAGGAGCUAAAGAAGGCAAAGGAACAGCUAAACGCUUCAGAAGCUUCAAAGAAAGAAGCUCAAGACGAAGCAAACGAGACAAAACAUCAGCUAAUGGAGAUCAACGCCUCCGAGGACUCAAGAAUCGACGAGCUUCGCAAACUCUCUCAGGAACGAGACAAAACAUGGCAGUCCGAACUCGAAGCAAUGCAGAGACAGCAUGCCAUGGACUCAACUUCUCUAGCUUCUGCAAUGAGCGAAGUUCAGAAACUGAAAGCACAGCUGUCCGAAUCUGAGUCCCUUGAGAACUUGAGGAUGCUGUCUCUUGUUGAGGAACUUAGAGGGGAACUGUAUGACGCAAAGGAAGGAGAAGCUAGAGCUCAUGAGAUUGUUUCAUCAACCGAAAAGCAGUUAGAGAUAGCUAACUUGACGCUCGAGAUGCUGCGUUCGGACGGUAUGAAGGUGUCGGAAGCUUGUAACGCCCUUACAACCGAGCUGGAGCAGUCCAAAUCGGAGGUGAAGUCGCUAGAGAAGCUCGUGAGACAGCUCGAGGAGGACUCGUCAUCAGUGGAAGAGCUCAAAGAAGAGGUAAACGCUGCGAGGGAUGAGAUUAGCCACCUGAAAUCUGCGGUGGAAGUGACUGAGAGAAGGUACCAAGAAGAGUAUGUCCAGAGCACGUUGCAGAUAAGAAGUGCUUAUGAGAGAGAGGCUGAGUUAGGGGAAGAACUGAAGAGAGCCAAAGGUGAAAGAGAGGCUUUGCAUGAAAGGUUAAUGGAUAAGGAAGCUAAGGUGAGGAUACUGGCUGAUGAAAACGAGUUGCUCAACUUGAAAAUCAAAGAAACAGAAGGGCGUGAGGUUACAGGAGAGCUCAAGAAGGUGGAAUCAAAUCUGAUGGACAAGGAGAUGGAGCUGCAGAGUGUAAUGUCCCAAAACGAGAGCCUCAGGAGCGAGAUGGAGAAGGUGCAGAGCGAGAAGAACAAGGCCUUAGAGAGGGUUGAGAGUCUGAAGGAAGAAGCGGAUAAGAGUGCGAAGAGAGGUGAGAAAGCGAUAGAAGAGCUAGGGGCAGCACAAGUCAGUAACACGGAGCUAGAAGGUGAGCUAAGGAGACUCAAGGUUCAGUGUGAUCAGUGGAGGAAAGCUGCAGAAGCAGCAGCUACUAUGAUCUCUGAUGGUAACAAGAACGUUAAUGGGAAGUACGUGGAGAGAACGGGGUCGCUGGAGAGUCCGUUGAGGAGGAACGUGAACAUGAUGUCGCCGUAUAUGGACGAAACUGAUGAUGAUUUGUCUUCGCCGAAGAAGAAGAAUGGGAGUAUGCUUAAGAAGUUUGGUGUGUUACUGAAGAAGAGCCAGAAGUGAUAACUAAUGUAUGGAAAAAAAAACUACCAUUGUUGUCUUUAAUGUUGUAAGCUUUGUUGUCGUUGUUGGUGCGAACUAUAUUCACUUCUUUUUUUCUUAUUGACUAAGCUCAAACUCUGACAUAUGUUGAUGAAUCUCAUCUUUGUUGUUACCAAUUUAUGUUUUGUGAA